AUGGAUACUAUUUCAACACCUCCAUCGAUCUUACCUCACUCACCCCACACACCAAGAAGCCUUGUCGACUAUGCGCCUCACCCUGAAGAGCUUCAUUAUAUCGAUAUCAGAUUGCGACAGCAUCAGCAGUAUUUACCGACCCCAAAUAUAACUUCUUCUUCCAAUUCCACAACGCCACAACCAUCCCACUCGGAAGAAAUUCCCACGCCCACUAUUACAUCUGCUAAGAUCAACAACAACGACAAUGAUCACAAAUACAAAUCCUCCCUAAGAGUUCUUUCAGAUUGGGGUCUCACAUUCGAAGAAAUUGAUAUUGCUCGUCACUGGGGCCAGAAUCCGGAUGAAUCUCUCAAAGAAGAGAGUCUCGGCGACAUUGAAGAAUUAUACAAGGAGUACGACACAAGGAUGGCGCAAUGGAAUUCCACUAUCAAAAUAUCAAAUCAGAGCUUGGAAAAACGUCGAGCAGAGAAGGCACUUUCGGAGUUGGUGUCUAAAAUGGAGUCGGCCGGGUACAAAAAUGAAGAAAUGAGGUGGGUUUCUAGGGUACUGAGUUAUUCUGAGCAGACCUUUUGGGCUUUGAAGGAGUGGUGUGAGUCAAGAUUGGAAAGGGUAAGGGGUGAAACUGAGUUGAAACAACAGAUACGCAUACUGAAGACCGAUAUCGAAACACGUGGAUCUCCCGGGGCUAGCGGAAAUACAUCUGUAGGGGGAAAGGAGAGAGAGAUGGAAGUAAUAGGGGUUGAACCCGCGAUGAAACUGCACCGGCGCAUAUCAGAGACGGUGAUUGAGAGGCGCGGGGUUCUUGAUCCACGAGGAAAUACACAGGGAGGAGGAAAGGAAAUUGAGACGAAGCAGACGAAGACAAGAAAGUCUCAACGGAAUAUUGACUCGCAGAGACAUGCAAAGACGGAGGAAAUGGAGAAGGAGACGAAGGGAAUAAGGGCAAGAAAGUCUCAGCGGAAUGUCACCUCCAGAAAACAUAAGCUCAGUCACGAUACUCAGGAUCGUACUUCACAAAAAAACAGCAUCCCACAAGAUAUGCCAGCUAUUGGUACUUCAGAAGUUAUGGAAGCCAAGAAUACUAAAAAACUCACGCAAGCCACCAAAUCCCCAGAUUCCAUACAAAUUAUCAACAUCCUAAACUAUCCACAAGAUACUUCGGGUCAAGAGAGCAUGCAAAAAUCGGACACCUUUCGAAAAUCUGCUAGUAUCACCAACACUCGAAAACGCAUAUAUACCAAUAGCAAUAAUUCAGACAACGAUACAUCUCACACCAAAAGACUGCGUCGAUCAUCUUGA